GAAACUCAUCCAAGAAGUCCUUGCGAUUUCUUAAACUGUCAGUUUGAUCAAAGAAAAAUUCGCCACCAUGUCCAAAUCCAAAGUGACCGUCUACUUCUUCACGAACGGCCAACCGUUCAAGCCGCCGCACAAGGUGACCAUCCCGCGGCACAAACUCGAGGAGAACCAGAUCGUCGAGCGGAUCAACCGGUUGCACUACUACAAUGGUUACGUCGUCUACACCCUGUUCGGGGAGGUUCUCCGCUCGGUGCAGGAAAUCCACGACGAGUCGGCGUUCGUGGCGGUACCGCGGGAUCAGUGCUUCCAGCCGGGGCCGUACGCGAAGGUGUUUCGGGACUAUGCCAACACUAAGCUACCAGUAAUCGAAGAAUCGAAAAAGGGCAAAAAGAAGAAGGCUUCAACGAAACCGCUCGGCACCAGCUACGGCUGCAAGGCUCCUGCGCCGCGAAUGGCCAAGGAGGUUCGCUUCUGUCCGGGAUGUCGUCACGUAGCGGUGGACACGCGCUGCAAGCACUUUGGCGCGAAGCGUACCCGCAACAAACAGGACGCGUGCCAAUGUCGGACGACGGAUCCCCACGGCGAGUGCGUUCCGAAGCCGGUGCGACCGCCGCGGAAGGUUCGCCGAGAGCGGCCGGGUUGGUCCUGCUGUCGGAGGAAGCCCAAGAAGAAAGAGUACGUGGUCAAGCUGAGGAAGCGGGAUGUGGAACGGCUGGAGGAGCUGGAAGCGGCCAAGAAGGACAGGCCGAAAAGCGCUGGAAAGCGGACCGGAUGCUGCGGGAAGAGACCUACCCGGGAGGAGCACUACCGGAAGAUGAGGGAAAAGAUGGUCAAGCAACGGAAGCUGAGGCUGCAGAAGGAGCAGAAUCGACGGAAUAAAGAGCUGAAGGAGGCUCAGAAUAGGAUCAAGAGUCGCAGGAGAAGGCAGCGAUGUAUGGCCCGGUGUUGUCCGUGCUGCGUGAAGAAGCCGGAACCGAUCUGGAGGCAGCCCCCGCCGCACAACUGCGUUGAGCAUCUGCGGAAGGCUCGAGAGUACGCGAUUCGACGCCGGAGGGCGCUGCAAAUCCCGGAACAGACCUCGUGGGAAAGCGUUACGUUCCCGCCCAAGUUUCGGAAGAAGAUUCGUGGUACUCAGGUUACGAAGGAGGACCUCAAGAAGGCGAAGAAGGCUUCCGGCGGAGGUUGGAACUGUUUCCGACGCAAGAAAAAGACGGUUCAAUUUGACGAGGAAGAACCUCCUUGCAGUUCUUAGAU